CAGCCCAAUCAAUGGAUGAGUGAUAGGGAAAGGGAGCAACAAGGGAAGCAGAAUGAUUGUUUCCCAUUAGCUAGUACCUGCUUCUCGUUGCUUUAAAGUUACAAUGCAAGGGGUCCGGAGGCGGGGAAGGGUGAACAGUGGAGACAGCACAUAAGUUUGUGGUCUGGGCUUUGCUCUCAUUAAUGCUGGAUUAGUCCCUGACAUGGACAUGUUAAAACCAUGUUUAAAAUAGAAUUUGUUCGUGCAAAGCAGAUUUAAACAUCAACAGGUGAAAUAUUUCAAGUAAGGCCUGCUCCUUUUGUAUUUCCAUAUGGAAUUUUGCACUUGUCAGUACUGGAGAACUUCGCUAAGUCAUAGGCUGUAUUAUUUUGUAGAAGAGGAAAACAACAUUGAGGAAGCCAUGGAGAGACUUCCAGCAUACAAGAAAUGUCCAAAUAGUAAUAAGUUGGCACAAAAGAGAUUGGUUCAGAAAGUGAACAAGUGUAUUCAGGUUGACAUGGACUUAGAAGAGGAGUCCCUCAGUGCAGGUCAGUGCACUGCUACAACUAUCUGCCCUCCUGAAACUAUAACCCUUUCACGGCAGCCACUAAGAACUUCAGAGAACUCUCUGUCUUCCCAGCUACCAGCCUGUUCAGUGCUGCCAAGUCAGUGUGCGUCUCCACUUCCUGCUCUGCCACCAUCACUAUUGCCCCUGCCCCCACCACCCCCUCUGUGCCCUUGUGUUGGGCAAAGUAUGGUACCUAUGCCACCCUCUUAUCCCCCAACAUGCAGUAAUGCUGCACCUGGUGGUGCUUCUGGACAUGAAAGCGAGCCUUGUCCUAAGAAGGCAAAGACUCCAACUUUAAGAAUGAAGCCAUUUGACUGGCAGAAGCUUCCCUGGGAUGUGGUGAGAGAAAGUCACUCCAUGUGGGCUUCAGUGACCAGCAGCAGUGAUGAAGUUAUAGAUCCUGAUUACACAAGCAUAGAGCAACUCUUCUGUGUUUCACAAACAACCCCCAAGGAGACAGCAGUACCCAAAAUAAAGGAACCAAAAGAGAUCACAUUUAUAGAUAUGAAGAAAAGCCUCCUCUUGAACAUAUUUUUGAAGCAAUUUAAAUGUCUUUCCUGCAGCUCAAAUGAGGAGGUUGCUAACAUGAUUGAGAAAGGGGACAGGACCAAGUUUGAUGCUGACACUCUGAAGCAGCUAAUGAAGCUACUGCCUGAAAAGCAUGAGAUAGAGAACCUGAAAUCCUGCAAAGAAAAAGCAAAACUAGCAAAUGCAGACCAAUUUUAUCUCCUCCUCCUCGGGAUUACUAGCUACCAGUUGCGAAUUGAAUGUAUGCUGUUCUGUGAAGAGACAAGCAGUCUGUUGGAUUUGCUAUGGCCUGAAGCACAAAUGGUCAGGAGAGCCUGUGAAACACUUCUUACCAGUCACCGGCUGCCCAUUUUCUGUCAGUUGAUUCUUAAAGUUGGAAACUUUCUGAACUAUGGGCGUCACACUGGAGAUGCUGGUGGUUUUAAAAUUAACACUUUGCUCAAACUAACUGAAAUCAAAGCGAACCAAACUCCUAUUACUCUGCUCCACCAUAUUUUGGAGGAAGUUGAAAAAAACCACACGGAUCUACUACAGCUUCCCAAUGACCUUGAAUGUGUUUCAAAGGCAGAAGGAACCAACUUUGAAGUUAUGAAGGCAGAGGCAGAUGCCCAUUUAAAGAAACUUUUGAAAAUUGAGCAUAACAUGUCAUCAAUAGAUGAUUUAAAAGCACAGUAUGGAAAAUCUAUUCAAGGCCAUAUAAACGGUUUGAAGGAACUGGAGGAGGAGCUUGCCGCCAUUAAAAAGAAGAAGGCAGAACUUGCGGACUACCUCUGUGAAGAUCGAAACAAAUUGUCAUUACAAGAUGUGUUUAACACAAUGAAAACCUUCAGGGAUUUAUUUAUCAAGGCACUAAAGGAAAACCAAGAAAGGAAGGAACAAGCUACAAAGGCAGAGAAAAGAAAGAAACUGCUUGAAGAGGAGGAAGCUAAGCGGCAAAAAGGAGAAUAUGGAAAUAUCAUUCAAAAAGGAGAUGUGAGACCAGAAGCAUGUGUCACUGAUGCCUUAUUAGUAGAUAUAAGGAAAGGCUUUCAGCUAUGGAAAACUACUAGGAACAAGUCUGAGUCAGAAAUUGUUCCCAAAACCUCACCUACUGAAACUGCUUCUGUUACUUCAGCUUCCAUUACCUGAAGUUACCAGACAGUUACAUUGUUGAAGUGCAUCACACCAGCUUGCUUCAAGGAACUAGUCUAUAUAUUAUGUGUGCGAGAUGCUGAAAUAUUUGUUUUGCUUUAGUUAAUCAAGGGAGAAAGAUGAGCUUAUUUUAAUGAAAACAUGCAUAUAUGCACUUUCCUAUUAUUUCUUUUGUGCCUUAUUAGUUAGAAUUUUAUAUGAACUAAUUUAAUUACAUGUCUUGUAUUGCCAAUAUUGAAAAGAAUGUCUUUCAUAUCGGACUGUCUAAUGACAAGUGUAAGCAACACACAUCUGGUGGUAACUUAUAUUCAACUUAUUUUUAUACAAAAACUAGUAGCAGAAAGUAGAAUUCCAUUAAAUUGAUGAAAAGCAAUACAGAGUUCAACGUAUGGUACAGAAGUUCCACUGAAUUAUAAGGGCCUAUUCUGACAUCUUUGUGCUCUCAAACCAGUCACUGACUUCUAGAGCUGCAGAAGCAAACCCCAAAACCAGUUUCUUAAGCAGUGUUAAUUUUUUAAUGAGGGCCAAAUUCUGCAGCCCUUAGGCAAAAUUCCAAUUGUCUUCAGCAAGAAAGGACUUCAGCUUUUGUUCCUUAAAUAAUAAGUUCACAGAUGUCAAAAUGGUCCGUAUCAAUUGGAGAAGUGUGACUAAUUGUCCACCCUUAUCUACUACUUACAAUGGUGGAAGAAUCCAAGCUGCAAGUGUGAAACCAGUUGAAGGGAAAUGUAGUUUUGUUUGCUUCUUGUUUCCUCUUUGAUCAUUGAUUUGCAGUGAUAAAGUGUAGUGUGGUGAAAAAGUACAAAGAAUAGGCUGCAGGAAACAAGACACAGAAACUGAGUGUCUGAUAAUUAGUACUUUGAAAUAUAAUGUAAAAUAGAAUCUUGACUGUUUAUUAAUGGAGCAUUGUUUAAAAAUAGGUAUACAUUGUAUUGUUUUCUAUUUGUACUUGAUGCAUAUUUUGUCUUUGUUCAUCUCAGUACAAUGCUAAACAAAGUUGCCUGUUGUAUAUGUUUUGUUUUCUAUUAAGAAAAAAAUGGUCAUGGUAAUUCUUUUAAUAAACUGAGCCCUCUUGGUUUCUCUAAGCACACCCCUUAGGUCUCAGGCCUCUAGAGGUCACCUGUCUCCCAGGGUGGAAUCAUAUGGUUCUCUCACUAUCAGACCGGGCUCUGGGUUGCAGUCCCUUAGUACUAACUGUGAUUAUCUCAACUGGUCUGACCUAGACCCAGACCCUGCAGUCCUGUAUCUUCCAGGGCAAUGACAGUUCUAAUCAGUGACCAAACAGCUUUCUGAAAGCAAAGUAUCAUUUAUUUACAACAAAAGAAUUUCAGAGAAAACAUAUGUUGAAAACAAUGAACCACCCUAUAUAUAUGUCUGCUUACAAGGUAUCUAACCAUCUCACUCAUGGGAACCCUGGAAGGACUAAUUCCUAAGACUCUUCCACAGAGCCCCCUUUCUGUCAGCUUGUGUCCCUGUCAGAGUUCACUGGCAACACCCUGCACAGCCCCUGGCAACUCACCCCCCCUCCUUUUCCUCAGAAGGCUUUUUAACUGUUUAGUGUUCUUUUGAUCUCUAGCCUCCAAGCCUGAUAUAACAGCUGCGUCACUUCUGCCUAGUCAGAGCCUGGAACCCUGCCAUUGUUUGGUAACUGUCCCCCAGUGUUUGCUGGGAGGUUGCUUAUCUGAAACCAUUGUGUUGCCUUCCUGUUUAUUCUUCCCGUAGUCCCCUAUUAAGCAUUCAUACAGGAAAGUCUAGUAAUUCCAAUAUACAAUACUUUCCCCUCACUGACCAGUCACAUAUCAUGUUCAUCAAAUGAUUGUUUCUAUACAUCAUUACAUAUCAGCUCCAUGUCUGUUACACUCCCUCUCAUCUUUUCUUGAAUGCUUUGACAGGUAGGGAAUUAAUUUCAAUCUCAACUUCCUUAACUAUUAUUGUUAGGCAGAAGACUCUGAGGAAAAACCUCAGUGUAGACAA